GAGGCCGCUUAUCGCUGCCAGCCUCACCGGCCUGUGCCCGCACGGAAUCUUCAGAAGGGCAGGGGCAAAAUUGGAAAGCGAUUGAGUUUUCCUCUCCUUGGAGAGUGCUAACCACGCGCGGAAAGAGGAGCGUGGGAUUCAGCACGCCUGUAAUUCAUUUUAUUUUCUUUAAUUUGUCUCCUUCCUCUCCUCUGGUGUCUAUAAAGGCAGGACAACCCUCUAAGGUCUCGCAGAAGAACUCAUUCAAGACGUUCAUUUAUAUCUGUUUAUGGAAGACAAUCGCAAUAUGCCUAUGCCGGCGAACAGUUCCGCCUGUGAUCUGCACGGACUUCCGUCGUUCGUGGUUGAUAAGAUAAGGGCCGGUGAAAUGCCCCCGCCCGACGUCCAAGUCCUCACAUCCAGCGGACUUCGCAUCCCUGCGCACACUGGCAUCUUGGCUUCAGCGUCGACGGUGCUGGAAAGCAUCUUAGAUCGGCCUCGCAAGCAUCGGAGAUCAGAGAGAGUGAUUCCGAUUCUCGGCGUUCCUUGCGAAGCAGUCGCCGCGUUUGUUCGAUUUCUCUAUUCCGUCAGGUGCACUGAAGAGGAGAUGGAGAAGUACGGGAUUCAUUUGCUGGCUCUGUCCCACGUGUUCUCGUUGCCGCUGUUGAAGCAGAGAUGCACCAAGGCUUUGAUCGGACGGCUGACGGUGGAGAACGUGGUGGACGUGCUCCAACUGGCGAGGCUCUGCGACGCACCCGAUCUUUACCUGAAAUGCAUGAAGCUCGUGUCUGCGCAUUUCAAGGCCGUGGAGGCGACGGAGGGAUGGAAGUUCCUGCAAGAUCACGACCCCUGGCUCGAGCUCGAGAUUCUUCAGUUCAUGGACGAAGCUGAAUCGAGGAAGAAGAGGAGUAGGAAACAGAGAGAGGAACAGAGCGUGUACUUGCAGCUGAGCGAGGCAAUGGAGUGUUUGGAGCACAUAUGCAGGGAGGGGUGCACGAGCGUGGGCCCUUGUGACGCGGAUCCGAACGAGAAGAAGGCACCGUGUGGGAAGUUCGGCACGUGCGAGGGUCUGCAGCUGCUGAUCCGUCACUUCGCGGCUUGCAAGAAGAGGGUGAACGGCGGAGGAUGCUCGCGGUGCCGACGGAUGUGGCAGCUGCUCCGCCUUCACUCCUCCAUCUGCGACCAACCGGAGCAUUGUAGGGUCCCACUUUGCAGGCAAUUCAAGUUGAAAAUGCAGCCAGAGAAAAAGAGAAAGGAGGAGGCGAUGUGGAGGCUACUAGUGAGGAAGGUGGUAUCAGCAAAAGCCAUCUCCUCCUUGUCCCUCCCCAAGAGGAAGAGAGAAGACCAAGAAUCAAGGGAGACCGAGCUGGUUAAUGGUCAUGGCAUUGCCAGCUUCAGACGCCUAUGAUCAUAUUCAUUUAUUUUACUCCUCAAAACUACGUUAGUGAAAGAGAGACAGAGAGGCAUGAGUUGGGUAUGUCGUAAAUGGGAGUUGUUCUUUUUGGUUUUUGGUUUUUGUGGACUGUAUUUUAUCUGGGGUCAAGUGUAAUUAGGGGAUAAUAUAGGGGUAGAUAUAGAUAUAUAGUUUGGGAAUGAUAAAUGUAUUAAAGAGUAGUACUAGUGUUUGUGUUGAGUGAUGGUGCGUGUCAUUGUAUGUCUCACCUUUUAUGCAGAGUUGAUAUACGCACUUCCUCUUACUAUAAAUUCAAGUGUUUGCAA